CUAAUGGAGAACAGAACAGAAACAACAUGGUUCAUCCUGCUGGGACUCACUGAUGACUCAGCUCUGGAGCUUCCCCUCUUUAUCAUCUUCCUUCUCAUCUAUAUCAUCACCCUGAUGGGAAACCUGGGGAUGAUCCUGCUGAUUGUCCUAGACUCUCGGCUCCACACUCCCAUGUAUAUUUUCCUUGGUAAUCUAUCGCUGGUGGACUUCUGUUACUCUUCAGGUGUCACUCCGAAAGUUAUGGCUGGGUUUCUAGUAGGAGACAAAGCCAUGUCCCACAAUGACUGUGCUACUCAGAUGUUCUUUGUUACAGGUUUUGCUACUGUGGAAAAUUACCUGUUGGCCUCAAUGGCCUAUGAUCGCUAUGCAGCAGUGUGUAGGCCCCUACACUAUGCCACAACCAUGACUGCAGGUAUGUGUGCAUGGAUGAUUGCAGGCUGCUAUGCCUGUGGCUUCCUGAAUGCCUGUAUCUACACUGCAGAUGCAUUCAGUCUCUCCUUCUGUGAGCCCUAUGUGGUCCAUCAUUUUUUCUGUGAUAUUCCAGCAGUCAUGGUACUCUCUUGCUUUGAUAGAUAUGUGAACGAGCUGAUUCUUGUUUGCGUAGCCAGUUUCAAUAUCUUUUUUGCACUCACAGUCAUCUUAAUAUCCUACCUAAUGAUUUUUAUCACAAUUCUAAAGAUGCACUCAGCUGCAGGACAUCAGAAGGCCAUUUCCACCUGUGCCUCCCAUUUCACUGCUGUUUUUAUUUUCUAUGCGACUGUAAUUUUUAUGUACUUGCAGCCUAGUUCCAGUCAUGCCAUGGACACUGACAAAACUGUGUCUGUGUUCUAUACCAUGGUUAUCCCCAUGUUGAACCCUCUGGUCUACAGCCUGAGGAACAAGGAAGUCAAGAGUGCAUUCAAAAAGAUUGUUUUCAGGGCAAAAUGA